GGAAGGAGAGUAGCGGAUACGAGUACUAGUUAGGCCUACUUUAUAGCUUUACUUUUCCGAGACACAACACCGAGAGGGAAAAGUAAAAGACUACACUGUCUCAAGACAAAGCAUGUACUAUUAACGAGAGAACAAGUCGAUGAACAAAGGAAUAGAUUUUUUAUGACCUUGACCACAAGGACGCUCCUCGCACCUGCGCGUCUGAGAAGAACCUGUAGCUGGAGGCUCUGAAACCGCGGUCUUUUAUAAGAAGGAAGAUUGCCGUUAUCUUCGCACCUUCUUUUACUUUGAAGCGCAACAUGGGGUCAACGUAGCCGAAGAAGCCUGCGGUGAAGAGCAUCCUGGUCUCCGAUCCUGGUCUCCGAUCGUAUACUAGAAUUGACCUAAUAUCGGACAGAAGUACCUCGGAGAACAACUGGCUGCCUCCUGGAGUAGCAGAUGGUAGAAAUCCCUCCUACAACAUCAACAACUAGUGAGAACGAGCCAAACAGUAGUUUUUACAACGACUCAACAUACCUUGACCUUCUGAAAAUGGAUGCUAUAGCCUCCCAAUUUGGUCGGGGGUUAGUCGACCUAGCCGAACUCGUAGAAAGCCGCGCUAUCACGUCUACCGAGAACCUAAUAACGGAAAGAUUGACGCAGCAGUCGAAAGUUCUAGAGGAACAGUUAUGUUGAUGGUCGUAGAAGUACUUUAGCAAGUUUUUAAAAUCUGGUGGUGGCCGACUAAUAGCCUAGGACCUUAUCUUCACAAUAAACUUCGAAGUGGUUACAUACAUACCAUGAUUUCUUGUUCACUUUCUAAUCUAUGCACGUGCAUUACAGUCUGGUCUCCAACAGCAGAUCCAGGAGGCACAUGCUGGGCAGGAAAGCAAACAAAGACAGGAACGGGAAGGAGCGGAGAGGGACCUCUUACAUUAUGUUUGGAUCAUGCUUUGAAUCUGAACCAUCAAUAUGGUUGCUUUGAUGAUGAAAAUGUUGACGAGGAGCUACGGGUAGGGCUAGGGGUACAACGGAUGCUUUCCAUUAUAAGUAUGCUCUGAUAUUACUUUUUAGAGCAGACGGUGACGGCGAUCUACAACAAAUUCAUCUGAUGUGGUCUUCUUGGAGGAAGAACAAGUUCUCGAUGAGAGGGUCUCGAUGAGACGAUGUUGCAACAUUCUAAUCAGAACAAGUCAGCACCAGAUUGCAGGAGUCGCAACAGGAUGCACUAGCGGCGUUGGAAGCCCGACUACAGGAGGCCCAGCAGACGACGCUACUCGCUUUAGAUAAGUCGUUGGAAUUCAGGGAGGCAAAGAUUAGUGGAAACUUAGACGUGCGGUUACAAAAGUUUGAGGACCUUAUAGUGGCAAGACUGGAAGAAACGGCGAAGCAGGAGCAGAAGAAUUUAUUGGCUAAGGUACUGAAGUGCGGAUCUUCUUCUGUGAGUAGGUGGUGCAUGCUACUUCACUCACCGGCGUCGGCAAUAGACACAUCUAUAGUUUAUUCCGGCGUUUUCCUAAUGCUGAUCAAACGUGAAUUACAGUUGUCUUGUCUCGAAGAGCAUUACUGUCGGCUGUUCUCACCUUGUAGCUUGUUACCUACAUAAUGCCCCUGCAACAGGUCGACGCCCGCCUGGACGAAUGGGCUCAAUCUUUGGGCGGAACGCUGACACAAAGGGUGUCUGUGGAAAUAUCCCAAGAGGUUGAUGGGCAGAUGGCCCAAAUCAAAACGGACAUUGCUGAAAAAGCAGCUGCGAUAGAAAGAACGAAGGAGUUUCUGAAGAAGGAAAGUUAAGCAUCGUGAGGUAGUUCGUGCACAUCGAGUUGUAUCUGGAGGAUUUAGAAUAACAAUAAUAUUGAUAGCCUCUAACCUACUGCUUUGGUUGUCGAGGGUGUAUGCAUGAAACUGGAGGAAGUGGAAGGCACAGUGCAACGCCUCUCGGCAGAGCAGCAAGACCAGAAAAUCGACGCUGACGCAUUGGGCAAGAUAAAAGGGGAGAUACUCGCUUCCACGUCAUCAGAAGUACAGAAGAUGUCGAGUCUGCUCGGAUUAGAAUUUCAGCAGAACCUAGGAAAAGUCAAAUCCACGAUCGAAGAGGGUAUCGAGACGGAUAUUGCAAUGCAGAAGAACAGAGUGGAUGCGUUGGAGAGGUUGGUGAAAGAGGUAACAUCUUUACAUACUACUCCAUUUACUAAUAUUUUUACUGCUUUUACAUACACUCGAAAUUAGUUAUGGUAGAUUGUUACGAAGAAAACUUGAAUGAUAUGACCUUGUUGUAGUUGUGACAAGCAUGAUUCUAUGUACGGAAGGAGUAGUCAGAUGUCUAGGUGUAUCUAUGCGUUGUAUCAUCAAUAAUAAUCAGUUCAUCUUCGUUGACAAGAGCAAAACCACAUGUUGAUAUCAGAAUAUUCUCGUAGUGUUCGAUUUCAGGUUUCCGCAAGUCCUCUGCCCUCUGCUUCAUCUGGUAAUGAACCUUCUGCGCAAAGGGGAGGCAGCGUCCAAGAUGCGAAGGCGUUAGUCGAGUCAGCACUAGCCGUCCAAAGUGCAAAGUCAGCGUUGCAGAGUGAGGGAGCGAGAAUGAGUAUAUUUGAACUUAGCUAUUUAGUAGAAACCUUCUAAUCACAGUGGAGAAAACAUAGUACUUGAUGGCAGCACCAAAUUUUGUGAACGGAUUAUUUGUGUACUACCUGAUAUAUAAUAUGUGGACUUCACUCAUUUAGACGCCCGCCUGGUGGAGAUUAGCGAGAAGGAAACCCGGUUAUCCAAAGAAGUGGACGCUUUGAGAGUCGAAAUGCGCACCCUGCAGAAACAGUCGGAGGAGAUGGGUAGAACUGUCGGUGACUUGCAGAGUCUAGGCAAACAAACGAUGAAGGCGUUGCAGGACUACCAAGGGCCACCAGGACCAGCAAGCGCUCAAGGAGGGCCGAUAGAUCAGCUUGCGUUGUCGACCAACGGGGCCGUUGUGUCAACCACACCUGUUUUUCCAGUGGUACUGCUAGUCUUCGUAAUCUUCUUUUUACGUAGUAAACCUAAACACCAAAAAACGCCACAAACAUCAGAUGUCUAUUUCCCCAAUCUUUAUGCACUUAGGUACUCACAAGGAUAUCGUGGUCACAGAUUCCUGUUCUCCAUACCUCGAUAAAAACCACCCAUAAAACAGCGAGUGCCUGCCCAACAUCAGUCAAGUGGGACAGCUAACGUGACACCAGGCAUCCAGAGAAUAGUGCAGACGACAACUUUCACCUCAACUUCCUCAACAGCCGAUGCUUUCAUUAAGGCGUCAGGUAAAAAUUGAUCUUCAGAGGGAUCUUGGGACCUUCCUCUAAGGGAAGAAGAAGCCCAAGAUGACUAUCGAGAUGGAUUCCAGGAAGGUCUAACUUCAGUAGUGACGCUUUUCCGGGAUUGCAGCAUUUGGAUCCUUAUGCUGGCACACGCCUGUCAGAUGCCGACUAUCUACGCCACAUCUACAAGAGCCUAGACGUGAGCACCAACGGAACGAACACCAUUCCGGCACUAGAGAUGCCAAACUAUGAAGAGGUUGGGCCAACAGGAAGCCGAUCUGUAGCUGGUAAUGGAGCAGUAUCUUCUUCUUCUGCAGCUGCUGUGACCGGACCUGGCGUAGUCGGAGGAGGCGCAACAAUAUCUUCCGCUUCAACAUCACCAUCGGUGGGAACAACAACAAAUGUAGGCACAAGUAGUAACAGCAAGCCGAAUGCAAAUUAUAGUGUUGGAGGUGCAACGUCAACUGGAUCUGGAACUGCAAUUGCUCGUCCAGGAUCAGGAACUGUUCUGAGCAAAGGAACACAACAUUAAGGCUUUUAGUACUAUCAAUCCAUGGACCGUUUGAUUGUCGCUUCUACCAUUAGACUUUCACUCCAUUUGAUUCUCGCUUCUACCAUUAGACUUUCAAUCCAUUUGAUUGUUCUCAUCUUUGCUUUGUUUGACAAACUGCUUCAGUCCAUGUUGUUUCGCAUGUCUACUUCACAUUUUCAACAGGUGGGAAGUAGAGCUAAGAAGCUUUUACGUCAACGGAAUAUCGACGACUGCACUGCUUCUCCCACUACUGCUACUAGUACUACUCUAAUAAAAGAUAACCAGUGCUGUAGGAGGUCAACUCCCAGGCGCGCGAAUUGGGAUGCCACCACCGACAGUGGUACUACAUCGAGGUCCUGGAGAGGCAGCAUCUUCGCCACAAGCUUCACCACAACAAUACACUAGAAACACGCCUUCGGUUAUGGUCAGCUUUCUUUUCUCCAUCUUUCUCAGCGAAAAGGAAAUGUUGGUACUUAACCUGUUCCCAUCAAAUACAAGGGAAAAGGUGCAAUAAAUAUGAGGGCGCCGAGAUGAAUAGAGAAUGGUGACUCGUCUAAUUUGGACCAACUCUAUGGUGGAGGGGGACCUGCUACAGGAGUAGCGGCGUUCAACUACGCAGCUCCAUUUAUGGCUUGAAGUAUCUUGCAGUGAAGUGGUGACCUAUACAACCUUGAACUGGCUUUUAACAAGACCAUAAGCACUUGUCCUUCUAAGUGUUCAAUUUCGAUGGAGUAGAGUAAGUUUCUUUCUAGGCAGCUUUUGCUUGAGUCUAUUUCUAUUGAAGACCUCAAAAUGAAUGCUAUGUAUUUAAUGUAUGUGUGAAAUAAUAGAAAAUCUUGAAGUGUUGACAGUGACUCCUGUAACAGGAAAUUGGUUUCCGCCCACAGGGAUGCAAACACUCAUGCUCUAACCCCUACACAACUACCACGCAGCCACCUACUGGUUCCGGCAUAGCGGUAGUUAGUCCAGUGAAUCCAGCCUUGGUGGCAGGAGCAAGAACAGAGAGCGCUGCGGCGGUCGUCAGUCCAGGACCUAAAGGACGAGGAGGAGACCAAGAUCAAGGAUGUGGGGUGCAGUGAGAUAGAAGAACAAGAGCUAGUAUAAUGAUCUAUAAAAGCACUAGUGAUGAGGAUGAUCAACAUUCAUAUUUUUCGUGCUACCAUUUGAUUUUUAAGAAACACAUCAUAGCCCAUGAUUGGGCACACUACGACACAAUAUUAGGCUCCUGUGGUGCUACAACACGCAUGAUUUUCCGCAAUUUUCAGUUUGGUCAAUUGAAGCUCGUUUCGUAUAAUUCACACACAACUCACACACACCAGCAAGUAAUGAAACUUUUGAGAAUAUGAACCUUAGAAUGCACUGCACUAAACACUAUUCCACGCAUUGACAUUGAGUUAUCUUUCGCCAUAUAUUUUUUUGUGAUAGAAGGCGCCUGUUUUUCAGACGCGCUUGACACUUACAUGUAGUUUUUGACCAUUUCCCAUUCACAACACAAUUCAUCAACAGCUCACGCAAGUAGACUUACAAUGUAUAGAAGACUGCACAGAAAAAUCUGUUGUCAGAUAUUUCUUAUCGCUCUACUUCACAUCACUAGUGCGUUUUAUAUUCCGUGACUCACGUUCAUGCAAAGCUGUGGUUGUGCUGUAGAACACGAGAAUGCAAGAAUAGAAAACACUUCUGAGUGCGUCUCCCAGGUGGCUUCGCAAGAUACCUAUCGAUGUUGGACAGGGGUGAGAUCUUUAACUUGGAGCUUUUUAUCACAUUGCAAGG